AUGGAAAAAAGAAAUUAUGACCGAGAGGUAGCCAAGUUCAUGAAACCAGGAGUCAUGACAGAGAAGGCAAGGCAAGGCAAGUUCAUGAAACCAGGAGUCAUGACAGAGAAGGCAAGGCAAGUUCAUGAAACCAGGAGUCAUGACAGAGAAGGCAAGAGAAGGCAAGGCAAGUUCAUGAAACCAGGAGUCAUGAGAGAGGAAAAGGCAAGGCAAGUUCAUGAAACAAGGAAUCAGGACAGAGGAGAAGGCAAGCCAGGUUCAAGAAACAAGGAAUCAGGACAGAGAAGGCAAGCCAGGUUCAAGAAACAAGGAAUCAGGACAGAGGAGAAGGCAAGCCAGGUUCAAGAAACAAGGAAUCAGGACAGAGGAGAAGGCAAGCCAGGUUCAAGAAACAAGGAAUCAGGACAGAGGAGAAGGCAAGCCAGGUUCAAGAAACAAGGAAUCAGGACAGAGGAGAAGACAAGCCAGGUUCAGGAAACAAGGAAUCAGGACAGAGGAGAAGGCAAGCCAGGUUCAGGAAACAAGGAAUCAGGACAGAGGAGAAGGCAAGCCAGGUUCAGGAAACAAGGAAUCAGGACAGAGAAGGCAAGCCAGGUUCAGGAAACAAGGAAUCAGGACAGAGAAGGCAAGCCAGGUUCAGGAAACAAGGAAUCAGGACAGAGAAGGCAAGCCAAGUUCACGAAACAAGGAAUCGGGACAGAGGAGAAGGCAAGCCUAGUACACGAAACAAGGAAUCAUGAUAGAGGGGAAGAAAUCAAGUCAAGUCUAUGA